AUUCCUCCUAAUAAUUAGCGUUAUCCGUGGCGACUGGCGAGGUUCUCUCUAUCUCUGAGACUCUGACUCUGUUCCUUCUUUCUUUGUUCCUUCAACCCCGCCAUGGCCACAAUCACCACCAGCAAUUUCAUAUGCAAACCCCCUCUCUCUCCUUCCACUCACCGCAAACUCCUUCUUCGCUCCAGUUCCUUAUCUAUCACUUCUACUCUCACCAAAAAUAAAACCCCAAUUCAACUCAGAGCAUCUCACUCUCACAUCACAAAAGCCACAGCAGCUUCUUCCGGCACCAAGAAAGCAGAAAGAGAUGAAAGAGUCCAGCGAGUCCACAGCAUUGAAGAGUUCGACUCUGCGCUCCUAUCCGCCAAAGACAAGCUCGUAGUGGUGGAGUACGCCCUCAGCGACAGUUCCGAGAGCAGCGAAAUCUACCCUUUCUUGGUGGAGCUCAGCCGCACCUGCAACGACGUCGAGUUCCUUCUCGUAAUGGGCGACGAGUCAGACAAGACAAAAGAGCUCUGUAAAAGAGAGAAAGUGGACAAGGUUCCCCACUUCACCUUCUACAAGAGCAGGGAGAAGAUUCAUGAAGAGGAUGCGAUCGGCCCUGACAUGCUCGUCGGAGAUGUUCUGUACUACGGUGACAGCCACUCUGCGGUGGUGCAGCUGCACAGCAGGGAGGAUGUGGAGAAGCUGAUUGAGGACCAUAAGGUUGACAGCAAGCUCGUGGUGCUCGAUGUGGGACUAAAGCACUGUGGCCCCUGCGUUAAGGUUUACCCUACGGUGAUUAAGCUGUCGAGGUCGAUGGCGGACACGGUGGUGUUUGCGCGGAUGAACGGGGAUGAGAACGACAGCUGUAUGCAAUUCUUGAGGGACAUGGAGGUGGUGCAGGUGCCAACGUUUUUGUUCAUCAGAGAUGGUCAGAUUCGAGGGAGGUAUGUGGGUUCUGGGAAAGGAGAGCUCAUUGGGGAAAUUCUCAGGUACCAAGGGGUGCGUGUCACUUAUUAGAUAUUGUUCUUGUGCUCACAUGUAAUAUUGGCUUAAUUAUAAGUGAUUAUUACAUCAAUUUCUAUGUUCACCCAUCUUAAGUUAGAUGAGUUCAGAUAAACAUUUGAGAUAGGUCCCUCUUCACGGAGACCUAUUUGAAUGAUGUGAAUGAAUGAUGUAUUGCUUAAAAAUGAUUAUAAUGGAAAUGUAUAUGGUUAAAUAA